AUGGCGACAGGCAUCUAUAUCUGGCAGGCCCCCACUCGCGCCCAGUCUUUUGUGAAGACGCACACAAAGAAAGACGGCACUUACCUGAACGAGCGGACACGGGACCUAUGCGAGCGGAUGACACAGAGUUUGUCCACUGAUCCUGCUGCCUCGGACCCCGUCUCAUCAGAUACGGUGCGUUGGGCACCUGGCGACGCGUACGAGCAAGCGGUUGGGCGACCCGAGUAUGCGGGUAGGGUUCGGCAGGUUAGGCCGAACGUUACUCCUGUUCGCGGGACUUGUUUCUCGUAUAGGGGCCGCACACGGGGGGGACCGGCCGAGGGCACGUCUCAGGAUUGGGCUGCUCACAAAAUUGCGGAGUUGGAGGGCAUAGUGCGGGCCGAGAGAGAGCGGGCUGACAGCAUGGAGCAGCGCAUACGACAGAUUGAUGAUAUGGAGCAGCGCAUGCGACAUUUUGAUGCUAUGGAGCAGCGCAUGCGACAUUUUGAGGCCUUCAUGUCCUCUACAGGAUUAUCGUUCGUAUGCCCUGGUGCUCAGCAGUCUUCACCUGCACACGUCGGUAGUACGUCAUCUGUUAGUAGUGCGCCUGCAGGUAAUGCGACAACGGUUGGUCCGUUGUCGCCUUCUGGACAAUUGCUGAGCCAACAAUCCCCUCUCGGGACUCCUUCGCCCGUUACACCAUCUCUUGCGGGACAAUCGACAGUUGGCGAGCUCACGCCCGGGACUGCACCUCGUGAUCCGCAGAGACGUCCUCCAGAUUUGUAGAUAUUUUGUGUAUUUUUUUUUUUUUUUUAGUACCGAAUAACUUUAUUAAAUUAAGAAUCUCAAAUUUGUUGAUAUUGUUGUGUAAGUAGUUAU